UGUCAAAAAUUUGUUGUGCCUCUAGCGCAAGCAAAGUAGUAAGAAAAUCCCAUAUUCUAUAUAACGCUGGGAUUAUAAUAAUUUUCUAGUUUGUUGUAGACCUGAUAAAUUAGGUUUGUUCGAUAAAAACAUUUGUGUAAAAAUGGUGCCAUAAAGGGAUCUGGAAAAUUUCAAUUUUCAACUGAUGCAUGUAGCAAUACAGAAACAAAGCCGCCGCUACAACAGACGCACAAACGAGGAAGCGCAGGAAUACUGCUUGCCGAAAUGAGUACAAACUCCAGUGCAACUGCUACCGCCAAUAUAGGUCCAAUGAAUAGUUCAGCCAUUCAAGACAUUGAGACGGUCACCAUCAUAAGCGAUGAUUCCGACGUCGAAAUGACGGAUGUAACCCCGAAAGGGAAGUCCCGUCCAGGUCCGGGACAAAACGACACAAAAGAUGGCGAUGAACUUGAAGGAAGGCGCAUCAGUCGACGGAAGAAGCCUAAGGUGGAAUAUUCCGACAGUAAACCAGUCGGUUCUGCUGAUUCCUCAAAUAACGAUAAGAAGCUAGAGACAAAAAUCGAACCAAAGGUAAAAAAACGAGAAACUGAACCUACGGUCAAGGACGAAAAGGGUGAGACUGAACCCAAUCCCCAUCGUGAAAUAUUGACAGGUUUGGAAGGAGCUGCAUUCCAGUCCAGAUUACCAUUUGAAAAAAUGACCGCGUCGGAAGCCGUUUGUUUCCCGGAAAUUACUAAGCAUGGUCUCGUAGCUCAAAGGGUUUUCCUAAAUGUUCGCAAUCGUAUUCUGCAGAUGUGGAUCGAAAAUCCAACCGUGCAGUUGACGGUAGAAAAUGCGCUGAAAAAUAUUGAGCAACCGUUCGAUAGUGACCAAAAUUUGGUUAGGAAAGUUCACGCAUUUCUGGAACGACAUGGUUUCAUCAAUUUUGGAAUUUUCAAACGCUUGAAGCCACUGCCUAUUAAGAAACUAGCAAAAGUAAUUGUGAUUGGGGCUGGCAUUUCUGGCCUUUCGGCGGCCCAACAGUUGCAACAGUUUGGGUUCGAUGUGAUCGUCCUGGAGGCAAGAGAUCGGGUGGGAGGCAGGAUAGCAACAUUCCGUAAAAAUUCCUACACGGCUGACUUGGGAGCUAUGGUUGUUACUGGCAUUUGGGGUAAUCCAAUAACCAUCCUCAGCAAACAAACAGGGAUGGAGAUGUGUCCCAUAAAGACUGCAUGUCCUUUGUAUGGAGCAGGAGGUAAACCAGUUCCUAAGCAUAAAGAUGACAUGGUUGAGCGGGAGUUCAAUCGAUUACUGGAAGCUACCAGCUAUCUUUCGCAUCAACUUGAUUUCAAUUACGCCGGAAAUCAUCCUGUGUCGUUAGGACAAGCCCUAGAAUGGAUUAUAAAAUUGCAGGAAAAGCAUGUCAAAGAAAAACAAGUGCAGCAUCUAAACAAUAUUAUAACCUGGCAGCAGAAGCUUGUCGAAAAUCAAAAAGCCAUAAACGAUGCAAUAAACCGCAUUCAAGACUUGCAAAAGAAGCACAAGGAACUCAUUAGCACUAAGCCUCCUAAGCCGGUCGAAAUCGACGCGAAAUACAUUGAGCAUGAAUUCAGUAUUCGGGUUACAGCACGCGAGGAACAACUCGCUUUGAAGGAAAUGGAGCGACUUCGGACAAAUCAGGAUGAGAUCGAAACCAAGCUGAAAGAGCUAGAAACUGAGCAGGUUAGCGAGGUAUAUCUUUCCUCUAAAGAUCGCCAAAUUCUCGAUUGGCAUUUCGCCAACUUGGAAUUCGCGAACGCUACUCCACUUAGUAAUCUCUCCCUCAAACAUUGGGACCAAGAUGACGAUUUCGAGUUUAUUGGCAAUCACACAACGGUCAAAAAUGGUUACUCCUGCGUUCCGAUAGCUCUAACAGAGGGGCUCGAUGUUCGGGUGAAUACGGCUGUGAAGGGCAUCAAGUAUUUCCCCGGUGGAGUCGAAGUGACUGCUGAUCUCAAAUCCAACAACUCUAGUGUUCACUACAAAGCGGAUCUCGUGCUGUGUACGCUUACACUGGGCGUCCUCAAGGUAGCGAUUGCUGAACAAUCGUCCCAAAUGAAUACGGUACGCUUCGAACCGCCAUUACCAGAAUGGAAGCAAUCCGCCAUCCAACGGUUAGGGUUCGGAAAUUUAAACAAAGUGGUUCUAUGUUUCGAUAGAAUCUUCUGGGACCCAAAUACCAAUUUGUUCGGUCAUGUUGGAAGUACAACGGCCAGUCGAGGGGAGUUGUUCUUGUUUUGGAACAUCUCGCAAUCGCCGGUACUGCUUGCUUUGGUUGCCGGCCAAUCAGCUGCCAUAAUGGAGAAUGUAUCCGAUGAUGUUAUCGUGGGCCGCUGUAUUGCUGUGCUGAAAGGUAUAUUUGGGAAUUCGGCUGUUCCUCAGCCCAAAGAAACGGUCGUAACCCGGUGGCGGGCGGAUCCUUGGGCGCGGGGCUCCUAUAGUUUUGUUUCGGUCGGAUCUUCGGGUAGCGAUUAUGAUUUGUUGGCAGCACCCGUUACUCCCCAUUUUGAACACGCUGUGAAUGACGAAGGUGUCAGCAGUUUGAAUGGCACUGCCAAUUUGACGUCGAAUAGCAACGGUAACGACGACGAAGACGACAGCAAAGCGGACAUUCCACGGUUGUUUUUCGCUGGCGAGCACACGAUACGCAAUUAUCCCGCUACGGUUCAUGGUGCGCUUCUCAGUGGGCUGAGGGAAGCCGGUCGAAUAGCGGACUAUUAUCUAGGUUUUCCGAAUACGUAUCCCGAUGCUCCGAAGGAGGAGCCGAAGAAGUAGCGUGAGUUAUUUUAGUACAGAUUAGAAAAAUAAGAAAUAAAUUUUAAAUUAUUGAUGAUUGGAAGAACCUUUCACUGUGGUUUUCUGAGUCGAUAGCACACGUACACAUGAAAGAGCUUUAAAGCAAUUACAUAUAGAAUGGGAAGAAUAAUUAUAAUGAGAUUAGAAAGUUACAUGCAGUCAUUCAAUUAAACAAAGGUAAAUCUAAA